UCGUGUGCAGCACAUGCGCAUUUCCAGCACAAUCGGACGAAUCAUUUGGCCAUUGUCUGUUUUUUUUUUUUUUCGUUCUGAUACACAUUUUUUUUCGGUUUUAGUUUUGAUCUCGCUUUCUACAGUUUAUAUGAAUUGUGUGUGUGUGUGUGUGUGUGUGAGCCAAUCUGGUAUCUGUGGUAUAUAAUUAAAUGUAAUAAUAAUAAUUGUGUUCGAUCACAACGACCCUCUCGACAACAACGAAAACAACGACAACGACGACGACAAUCGAUCGAUUAUUCCUGAGUGACCUGGCCACAUCGUGAAUCUGAAUCGAGCACAUUGUUAUAAACAUUGAGGAUUUUCGAAUCGUCGUUGAAAUUUCUAAAAAAGAUUCAUUCAUUGUCAUCAUUCAUUUUGAUCUACUAUUAUUGCUAUAAUCACCGCUAUAUAUAUUACUAUACUACUUAUGACCAAAUUCUAAUCAUCAAAUUCAUUUUGUGAUCUUUUGAAAUCAUCAUUAUUCAUUUCGAUAUAUAUAUCGCUUUAUUAGUUUUAUGAUUUUAUGAGAAAAAAAAAUUUGGCUGAAAUGCGUCAAUCAAACAACAAUUUGGAAUCCUCAAUGGAAACCGAACAACAAUACUCAAAUAGUGAAAUUCAUAAUGGCCAAAAUGGUACCAUAACAACAGCAAAUAACAACAAUACGACAACCAAACCAAUAAUUGAACGUGGAGCAUCAUGGGGUUUUGGUGAAACGAAAUUAUUAUUAGCUCUUUGGAGCCAGGAUAUGGUACAAAGACAAUUAACGAAUUCGAAAAGAACCCGUCAUGUAUGGGAAAAGAUUGCCGAAAGAAUCCGUGAACAUGGAUAUGAACGUACUGCUGAUCAAGUUCGAACCCGUGUAUUCAAUAUGAUUGCCGAAUAUCGACGAAUAAUGAAAAAUCCUACACCUGAACGUCGUAAAAAAUGUAUAUUUUUUGAUGCUUUACAUCGAAUUUAUCAAGCAAAGGAUACGAAUAGUUUGGAAAAUGUCAUAAUGACAAUGGGUUAUAUGAUGGAUAAUAGCUCCGGUAGCAUUUGCAGUAUUUCAGAUCAAUACAAUUUUGAUCCAUUAGAUUUCAGUAAUAUUGGUCCUGAUGUUAGUAUUGAUCAAGUUGAUGGUUCAAAUGGUGAUGGUGAUCAUAAUAAUAAUAAUAAUAGUGGUAGUGAUACUGAUGAACGUAAUAAUGAAAUUCUUAUUUUUCCAUUAUCACCAAAUGCGUAUACCGCCACUAAUAAUAUUAAUGCUGAUGAUGAUGAUGAUGAUUUUAAUUAUGAUGAAUCAACAUUUGCACCUCAAUCUAAACGUUUGCGUUCGGAACUCGAAUCGAAUGGUAAUUUUAAUCAAAACGCACAGAAUAACCAUCAUCAUCAUCAUAAUAAUUAUAGCCAAAAUACAUCAUCAUCAUCAAUGCCAUUAGAUACAUCGGCAUCUGCAUUGCUCAUUGAUCGAAUGUUUUCACAUUUAUCAAAAGAAACGGAAGUGAUGCGUGAAUGGGUUAAUUUGGAACGUGAACGUUUAGCACAAGAAGUGGCACGCCGUAAAGAGGAAAAAGAACGUGAAGAACGAAGAGAGAAAAUAUUUUUGGAUGUACUUAAUAAAUUACAGGAACGAAUAUUCAGUGUAUUGAAACAUCAUGAAAAAUCAAAUGAACAGCAACCAACACAGACUCCUACAUCAUCAUCAUCAUCAUCUAAUUUGAAUCAAACGGAUAAUCAACAAUAA